AGCUCAGUUUCUUACGGCUCGUUACGAAUGUUCUUGGCCACCUUGAACGUGCGAAUGCCGCCAUGACCCUAGCAAUGGUCUCAACAAAGGGCGUUGCGUUGAAUGGAGCCUCGCGGAACCAAUCAAACAAGCCGGCCAGGGAUAGCCCAGGCUCCCGGCCCUUUCGUUGUGGUCUGGAACUGCUCGAAUUGGCAAACCACGCGUCAAAUUGAUUGCGGAACAGAUCUACGGGCGAUUUUGAUCCAAUCUUCCACAUCCAUCAUCUCGCGCCUCACAAUCUCAACGGCCUUUGAGAUUUGCCAUCCAAUAUUCUUCGCCUAAGCUACGGCACUUGUUCCCGCCCAGCCAAUGAGAUGCCAUAACGAGCCACACACGAUUUCCCCAAGGGCAGCCUCGCGUGGUGAUCGACAGUGGCGGCAGUGGCUGAGGUGUUCAACUUGCCACUGUCCGUGGGGGCUAUCCAAUGUCAUGUUUACAUACACUUGACACUGUCGCCACAGCUGUCGUCGUUUGUCGCCUUGAUUCUGUCACGCCACCGCUGAGCGGCUUGCGUUGGACUGACGAAAGCCCGCCCAAACAGGAUCGACAUCCCGCGUCGGUAACAGUCCAAAUAAGCUUCGUUCUUAUUGCUAGCAGGUUUGCGGAAGACAAAAUUUUCUGCGCGUUCUACCAAUUUAAGAGAGCGGAGACUUUUGGUGCUGGCGGUGAAUGGCUCAACAUCGAAGCUCUGGGCGCCGGAGGUAAUGCUCCUGCUGCGAGCUUGGCCGCAAAUGGGAAAACUUUUAUGCCGGGCUGUUUUUUCCAGGUUGCAAAUGGGGCGGUGCGAUUACCUAAGAUGAGGCAGGACAGCGGCGGCUUCGAGUUUGAAUUUACAAAAACACAUGGAUUGUGCUCGGAGUACGCCGUAGUAUGUAGGAUGGUCUGUGGCUGAGGCUAUCCAGCUUCAGAUGUUUAUAUAUGGCUUUACCGGCCGAUGUCAGAAGCUCAAUCGACUUUUGGA